UUAUCCCCUGUCUGCUCUCUCUCAUCGGCAGCUCAAUCAUGUGCCGGUAAUUAUCACUAUGGCUUCCAUUAAUUUCUUGUCUCAAGAGGCUCCGCUCCUCAACGCCGUCCAGGACCACCCACUCCUUUGCUCCCAGCGCAUAUGGAUAAUUAAUUAGACACUGACACUGCACGCUGUUUGUGCUGUUCCGAGGUUGUUGCUUCUCUUUUUUAAAUCAUUCGAGAUGUCCAAGAUUCCUUUGAUAAUAGAUGCCUGGCUUCGAGAAGCCCAGGAGGCUUCCCGAUGGUUGGAGGACUUGGAGAGCAGAAUCAAGCACGAACGUCUCAUCCAUCCCACUUCCGUACAUUCCGCCCGAUCCAAGUUAUUGGAGCUCGGAGCUAAACUUGAUCGCCUCGAAUCCUUAUUACGCAACCUACCGGCCAAACCCAUCUUAACAGAUGAAGAUGUGGAAUAUCGAUGGAAAAUGCUUAAAGAUAUCCAGCUGAGAACAAAAUCAUUGGUUUCUAGCAUCUCUGCAGUGCCAUCGCAAGACUGGCCAAGAGAUGUUCCCGCAGCAGAUUCUGAGGAAUGCAACGUAAGCCCUGAUAGUUAUGACCAAGAUCAGACGAAAACCUCAUACCCCAGAGAUAGCGCAGAGUUGCUGAAACCUCUUGUGUCGGAUGCCGCCAGCAGAAGUGAGGGGCACGCAAUGCCAAUGUUUUGGUUAUGGAAGGCUUGCUCCACAAUCUUUUUAUUCCUGGCACUUGCCGCUCUUCUAUUUCUCAUAGCUCUUCUCUGCACAGCCUUCUGACCCCAUCAACAACAAUCCAAUCCUCAACUUAUUUCAUCGCUUGUCGUAUUCCCAGUAACUAUACGCAUAUAGCAGAACCAUUUCUUUUUUCAAAAUAUAUGUUUGUGUGCAUGUACAUUUCCCAGUUGAGGAUUCAAUUUAUGUCUUGUGCAGAAUCUGAUGAGAAAUUAAGUCAUAUUAAUCAUUACUUGUGAACAAAAUAUGAUAUGCUAUAUAAAUUUAACAUUUUAGAU